GCGAGACCUCCUCAUCCUUUGCAGAAAUCAUCUAAAUUUUUUAAUUUAGCCCAAAUAUUUAUUUUUUAUUUUUUAGCUAAAAAAUCAAUCCUCAAUUUUUUUGCGAAAAAAUAGGCUGCAGUGCAGAAAAAAGCACCACGAAUGACUACGAAGGAUAUUAAAAAGAAAGCAAAAUCGCGAAAGUCCAAGAAUGCGAUCAAAAAGAAUGCAUCCAAGUCAAGGAAAUGUGACAAAAUCUCCACCCAAAAUACCGGCAAGGUGGACACCGAAUUUUAUGAAGUUCAAGAUAUCGUUCGCUCGAGAAUCGAAGGACGGGAGAUUCAAUAUACAGUCAAGUGGACGAACUGGAAUGGUGGUGACACGGAAGAAGCUGAACGACGACUUGUGUGCACCGAGAAGCUUAUGGGGUAUGCUGCAAGGACAUUGAAAUCUUCAUACGUAACGAAUCUUGACUUUUUCCUCCGAAAUCUGGAUACCGCGCUUAGUGACUUAGUAUUUUUCACGAACACUUUGAUACCUUUAUCAAUCGUAGCGGAAGCCACUGUUUUCGGAUCUUCGGUCAAGUUUGUCACGAGAGACAACAUCGGAGCAAAGAUUAUGUAUUUGAAAUACAUCAAAGAGCAUAACCAGAUGCAUCUUCUACACUCCUUCCUCGUUCCACAAAUUGAUAGAGUCAACAGCAGUCAUAUUCAGUAUGACAAGGAGAUGAAAUAUCAGAGACAGAUUUUCGAAGAUUAUCCUUUCGUCAAGAUCUUCUACCCAACUAAGAAGCAAUCAGUCCUCUUCCCUCCGCCUCCAUUGCCAAACAUCUUGUUUGAACCAGUUACAGAAGAAAUGUAUAAGAAUCGUGAAAAUUUUCCUCACUUUUUCCCUCGGAAGGGUAUAAAAGCUGGAUUCAACAAUGUUCGGCCAUUCAUCGACCGGUUGUAUUUUGCCAAAGACGAAUCACAACAGCCAAAAUAUCUGAAGGAGGUUGAUGAGAAUAAGUACGAGGGAAUGCGAAGAAUCAACAAGGCAGUGAACUCGAGAUUCUCCAUACCACUUGAAAUGAGACAGGAACCCGGAUCGGGCUGGUACAUAUUAUCAGCUAUGUACAGUCUCCCCAAUGUUCCUCUGAUGGUCAUGACUGGAGUGAUUCGACCAGCCGAAGUUGCUCGAGAAUCUUUGCGAACUGAAGGAAAAGAGGUUGCAUUCAGUUCUUUCGUCGAAAUUCCAGGAACAGAUUUGUGCCUCGAUCGUCGAGAGUUCUAUGACUUCUCAAAAUUCAUUCCCCACAGCUGUAAUCCAACAUGCAAUGUUCGUUUGGUUGAAUCAGGAAACGACAUUCCUGAUCUCGUGAUUUACUCACGUUUUCCCCUCGACGAAGGCAAUGGAUAUGUGAUCACCCUUGAUUAUUUCAAGGCUUUCAAAAAAGAGGUUGAGGAAUACUUCUCAAAGGUUGUUGCUCCAGACGGCAAACUCUUCCAUCUCCUCGAGAAGGAUAUCGACUUCGUGCAGUGCAAAUGUGAGCACAAGUGCCGAGAGAUUGUAUAUAUCGACCAGUCAGCGAAGAAGAAGUCCGAGAAGGAGAAACUGACGUCGACGUUCAAUGGCAUGUCUCUGGUAGAGUCACCAAAAAUCUGGAAGAUAAAAAAUGGUAAUUUCCUCGAGUGAAACUCGCUGUAAAAUGUUUUCAACUAGUUUUGUUUUUCGUUUUGUUAUGUAUUACAUAUUUAUUCAUUCAAUGAAAUUUUAAUUUUAAAUACUUGAAUAUAAAGCCUUUGUUAAAGUUUA